AUGAAUAAAUAAUUCAUCAUAUUUUCAUUGUUGCUUGCCUUAGCAACAAGUCAAUCAUUUAGUAUAACAUCAUGCACAUGUGCAUAAUUGUUAUCAGAAGGAGAUUGCAUCAAAAAUAUAAAUCUUGGAUGUUCAUGGGAUAAUACAAAAAAAUCUUGUGCAGUUUCAACAACCCCUGUUGCUCCAACUACUACCUACAUUGCAUAUUGUGAUGCUUUCGCUGAAACUGAUUGCCCAAAAGCUAAACCUUGUACAGAUUGUGGUGCUUAUUCCGCAUGUGCUUGGACUGAAAAUAAAUGUACAUUCUUUACAGGAUGCACAGCUUUUGCAAAAACAACAGAUCCUGAAUGUUAAGCAAUAAGUAAUAGAUGUAUUACAGAUGGAACUCAUUGUGUUGAACUUGAUGCUUGUAGCACAUACAAGAAACAACUUCCUUGUGUCAAAAAUGCUGCAGGAAGCUUGUGCUAUUGGGAUACAACAAAUAAUACUUGUGUAGAUGCUAAUAAUUGUGAUAGAUUACCAAUUACAUUUGUUACAGAUAAAGAAUGCAGAGAUAAGUUACCAAAUUGUACAACAAAGACCGGAGGUGGAUGUAUUGAUAGUGGAAAUAAUUGUAGUGAUUAAACAUUAGAAAUUUAAUGCGUUUGGAAUAAAUUAGGAACAACUGCAUGUUAUUGGGAUGGAGCAGCCUGCAAAGAUAGAAUUUGUGACAAUGCACCAACAACAUUAACAACUGAUGAAACUUGUAAAACUUUUAGAACUGAUUCAACAUGCACAACAAAACCUAACGGAGGAUGUGUUACGAGAACUACUUGUGCAGCUGCAACUAUCUAAGCUGCUUGUAUUAAAAAUAGUUCAGGCGGUGAUUGCUAUUGGACUGGAACUGCAUGUGUUGAUAAGACAUGUACAAAUGCACCAACCACAAUGACAACUAAUUCAGCUUGUGCUGGAUUUGUAACAGGAUGUAUCACUAAAUCAGGUGGAGGAUGUGUUGCCAAUGGAGCUUGUUCAGUAGCCAAUCUUCCAGCAGCUUGUGUUAAGAACUCUUCUGGAACUGAUUGCAUAUUUGAUGGAACUUGUAAAGAAAAGACUUGUGCCAACUCACCAACAACUAAUAAUACACAUGAAUUGUGUACAUCAUACUUAGCAUCUUGUACAGUUAAAUCAGGAGGAGGAUGCUAAAAUAGGAGUUGCUCAAAUGCUCCUAUAACUACAAUAACAAACGAUGCUUGCGAAGCAUACUAUCCAGCCAACAACUGUAUAACAAAGACUGGAGGAGGUUGUGUAACAAAUACUACAUGUGCUGCAAUAACAUUGGAAGUUGCUUGUGUAAAGAAUUCUAGUGGUUAACCUUGUGUGUGGGAUGUUGCUAGUUCAAGCUGUAAAGAUAAAAUAUGUAUAAAUGCUCCAUUGACUAAAACUACUAAUGAACUCUGCCAAGAGUUCUUAAAUACUUGUACAGUUAAUUCAGCAGGAGCUGGGUGUGUUGAGAAGACAUGUGAAAAUUCUUUAGUUCUUGCUAUUUGUGAUAAGGAUAAAAAUAAUAAAGCAUGCAUUUGGAAAGGAAAAUGCUAUAAGAAAUAAUGUGUACUAGCUUCAUCAGCUACAACCUCUCAUACUGAUUGUUAAACUUAUCACUCAAGUUGUACAUUAAGUAAUACUGGCUCAGGAUGCGUUCCACUUCCACUCAAAUGUGAAGCCAUUACAAUUGAAGCUGCUUGUUAAAUUAAAGCUAAUGGUUCACUAUGUGGAUGGACUGGCUCUUAAUGUAUUGAUAAAGCAUGUUCAACAGCUUCUAAGACCUUCACUACUACUUCAUAAUGCUAAGGACACAUAUUGACUUGUGUCGCGAAUAAUCCUGUUACUAUUAAUGGUUCUUUGACAAUAUAAGGAUGCUAAGAUUUACCAACUACUUGCGGAAAUAGAAAAUCAAUAGAAAAUUGUGAAAUUUCAAGAAGUGGAUUCCCAACAUGUCUUUGGGUUUCAUCAACCACAACUUGCGUAGAAAAAUCUUGUUCAACUGCUAGCACUGUAGGAACUAAUGGUGUUUUAACAAUAGUUAAUUUCACAAAUUGCUAGAAUUAUUUGUCAGUAUGCACAGCAACAAAUGCCUCAGGUUCUUGUACUGCAACUUCAAAACCUUGUAUUUCAAAUAAUAAUUCUGAUGGAUGCAUAACUAAGCCUUCUAGUUGUUCAGGAUUAGUUUAAUAAAAUUGUAAGGAUGGAUCAAAAUCAAGUGGGGAUUGUUAUUGGAAUGGUUCUAAUUGUGUUGAUAAAACCUGUUCAAAUAUUAUAUAAACUUCACACAAUAACUGCAUUGGUAUAUUUGAUUAAUGCACAGUGAAUAAUGGAGGGACUGCUUGUUAAGCAUUAGCAACUGCUUGCACAGCUUACACAACUUAAGAAAAUUGUAAAAAAACAUCAACAAAUAAGAAUUGUAUUUGGACUGGAUUGGCAUGUAGAAGUGCAACUUGUGCAGAUGCUCCAGAUACAACAUUGUUUGAUUCUGAUACAGAAUGCCUAGGUUAUCCAACACCAAGUGAAACCUGUACAGUAGUUUACAAAGUUGGAGCAUCAGGAUGUGUACCAAAAUCAACAAAUUGUACAGAUUAUAUGACAUAAGCCUAAUGUCAUAAAACCAUAUUGAAUUUAACAGCUACUGAUGAUUGUAAGUGGAUUGUAGAUAAAUGUUAUGCUUUAUCUACUUUUGCUACCGGUUCUUGUACUACUUUUAAGGGUACUUAAUAAAUGUGUCAAGGUUAUAGAGCAGGAUGUACAAAUGUUCUUGGAGCUACAUCAUCAACAUCUUGUACACUAGAUUGUACUUUGAAAACUGGAUCAAAUUUAAGUUUCUAAGAUUGUCAAGCACUUGAUACUAUAUGCUCAGUCAAAAAAGAUGGCUCUGGUUGUUUAGCUAUUUAAUCUAGUUGUGCUGGUUAUGUGUUACAAGCUAAUUGCUUUAGAGCUGGUUCAGGAUUAUGCGGAUGGAAUGGUUCAGCUUGCUUAUCUAUAACUACUGCUGCUGAAUGUGUUCAUGUUUCAGGAUUAACUGGAUUAGAUCAGGCUAAGUGUCAAGGAUAUAAUCCUUUAUGUACAUCUUUGGUAGAUGGUACUGGAUGUUAAGAGUAAAAGACAAAAUGCUCAGACUAUACAACGUUGAAUACUUGUGCCACAUCUUCUUAAGGUAAAUGUUAUUUAGAUGGUUCUGAUUGUGUUCGUUUUUCUAAUUGCGCUUCAAUUGUUGGAACUGGAUUAACUGAUGAAAAUUGUGAUGACUAUGAUGUUUCUUGUGUUGCAAAUGCUAACAAAACUGCUUGCUAAGAGAAAAUGUUAACAUGCAACCUUUAUUUAACACAGAAUUCUUGUACUACUUCAGCAGCUUUAGGAACUGCUGCUAAGUGUGCAUGGAAUGGAACAGCUUGUGUUACAGUUACUACUGCGUCAACUGAUUGCCUAUUUGUCACAGGAAGUGGGCUUACAGAUACAAUAUGUGCUUCAUAUAAUGCAGGAUGUACAGCUAAUAAAGCUGGGGAUGCAUGUCAGGAAAAAAAGGCCACUUGUGCUGCAUAUGGAACAACAACCACAGCCUGUUCGAUAUCAUCUGCUGGUAAAUGUGCAUUGAAUGGAUCAAAUUGUGUAGCAGUUGCUACUGUGGCAACUGAUUGUCUUUUUGUCACAGGAAGUGGGCUUACAGAUACAAUAUGUGCUUCAUAUAAUGCAGGAUGCACAGCUAAUAAAGCUGGAACAGCAUGUUAAGAAAAAAAGGCCACUUGUGCUAAUUACAUUGCAUCUUCAGCAUGCUCAAAAUCUUCAGAUUCAGGAACUUCAGCAAAUUGUGCAUGGAAUGGAACCACUUGCUUUAGUGUAGGAAUACCAAACCUUAGUGUUUAAUGUGCAUAUGUUACAGGAAGUGGGCUUACAGAUACAAUAUGUGCUUCAUAUAAUGCAGGAUGUACUGCUAAUAAAGCUGGGGAUGCAUGUCAGGAAAAAAAGGCCACUUGUACUGCAUAUGGAACAACAACCACAGCCUGUUCGAUAUCAUCUGCUGGUAAAUGUGCAUUGAAUGGAUCAAAUUGCGUAGCAGUUGCUACUGUGGCAACUGAUUGUCUAUUUGUCACAGGAAGUGGGCUUACAGAUACAAUAUGUGCUUCAUAUAAUGCAGGAUGUACAGCUAAUAAAGCUGGGGAUGCAUGUCAGGAAAAAAAGGCCGCUUGUACUGGAUAUGGAACAACAACCACAGCCUGUUCGAUAUCAUCUGCUGGUAAAUGUGCAUUGAAUGGAUCAAAUUGCGUAGCAGUUACUACUGUGGCAACUGAUUGUCUAUUUGUCACAGGAAGUGGGCUUACAGAUACAAUAUGUGCUUCAUAUAAUGCAGGAUGUACAGCUAAUAAAGCUGGGGAUGCAUGUCAGGAAAAAAAGGCCGCUUGUACUGGAUAUGGAACAACAACCACAGCCUGUUCGAUAUCAUCUGCUGGUAAAUGUGCAUUGAAUGGAUCAAAUUGCGUAGCAGUUACUACUGUGGCAACUGAUUGUCUAUUUGUCACAGGAAGUGGGCUUACAGAUACAAUAUGUGCUUCAUAUAAUGCAGGAUGUACAGCUAAUAAAGCUGGGGAUGCAUGUCAGGAAAAAAAGGCCGCUUGUACUGGAUAUGGAACAACAACCACAGCCUGUUCGAUAUCAUCUGCUGGUAAAUGUGCAUUGAAUGGAUCAAAUUGCGUAGCAGUUACUACUGUGGCAACUGAUUGUCUAUUUGUCACAGGAAGUGGGCUUACAGAUACAAUAUGUGCUUCAUAUAAUGCAGGAUGUACAGCUAAUAAAGCUGGGGAUGCAUGUCAGGAAAAAAAGGCCGCUUGUACUGGAUAUGGAACAACAACCACAGCCUGUUCGAUAUCAUCUGCUGGUAAAUGUGCAUUGAAUGGAUCAAAUUGCGUAGCAGUUACUACUGUGGCAACUGAUUGUCUAUUUGUCACAGGAAGUGGGCUUACAGAUACAAUAUGUGCUUCAUAUAAUGCAGGAUGUACAGCUAAUAAAGCUGGGGAUGCAUGUCAGGAAAAAAAGGCCGCUUGUACUGGAUAUGGAACAACAACCACAGCCUGUUCGAUAUCAUCUGCUGGUAAAUGUGCAUUGAAUGGAUCAAAUUGCGUAGCAGUUACUACUGUGGCAACUGAUUGUCUAUUUGUCACAGGAAGUGGGCUUACAGAUACAAUAUGUGCUUCAUAUAAUGCAGGAUGUACAGCUAAUAAAGCUGGAACAGCAUGUUAAGAAAAAAAGGCCACUUGUACUGCAUAUGGAUCUACAUAAGCAGCUUGCUCUACCUCAUCAGACUCUGGAACAGCUUCUCAAUGUGUAUGGAGCGGUUCAACCUGUCUAACAGUAGGAAUAGCUCUUCUUUCUACUGAAUGUGCAUAUGUCACAGGAAGUGGGCUUACAGAUACAAUAUGUGCUUCAUAUAAUGCAGGAUGUACAGCUAAUAAAGCUGGGGAUGCAUGUCAAGAAAAAAAGGCCACUUGUGCUGCAUAUGGAACAACAACCACAGCCUGUUCGAUAUCAUCUGCUGGUAAAUGUGCAUUGAAUGGAUCAAAUUGCGUAGCAGUUACUACUGUGGCAACUGAUUGUCUAUUUGUCACAGGAAGUGGGCUUACAGAUACAAUAUGUGCUUCUUAUAAUGCAGGAUGUACAGCUAAUAAAGCUGGAACAGCAUGUUAAGAAAAAAAAUCUACUUGUGCUGCAUAUAUAGCUUCAACAACUUGUUCAACAUCAUCAGAUACCUUAACUGCUGCUAAUUGUGUUUGGGGUGGUCAAACACCUGCUUGUCUUUCAGUUACAAUAGUUGCUACUCACUGUGCAUAUAUUACAGGAACUGGACUUACUAAUGCUACUUGUGCCUCUUAUAAUGCAGGAUGUGCCUCCUUAAAAGAUGGUACUGGUUGUUAAGAAGCCAAAAGCAAUUGCAAGGAUUAUACAACAUAAAAUAAAUGCUCAUAUUAAACUACUGGUAGCCUUGCAUGUCUUUGGAUUGAUAACUCUUGCUAUCCCAUUACAGAUAAAAACUGUGCUGUGAUAACAGGAACUGGUCUUGAUCAUGCUAAAUGUCAAGCUUAUAGCACAGGAUGUACAUCUGUUACUGGCGGAACUUCUUGUUAAGACUUCAAAACAACAUGCGAAUAAUAUCCAGGUACUGCUGCAGCUUGUACUAAAACUGCCGCAACUCCAAAAUGUUAUUUAUUCAGCUCUACUUGCAUCACAAUUUUAAACGUAGCAACUGAUUGUCUUAAAAUAACAGGACCUGCUGGAUCUAUAACUUAUGAAAUUUGCUAAUCAUAUAAUACAGGAUGCAGUGUAAAUAGAGCAAAGAGUGCUUGUGUCUAAUAAUAAGCCAUAUGUUCUGGAUACACUAGUCAAAUGAAUAGUUGUUAUAGAUCAACAGCUGGAUUGUGUAUUGCAAGCACAAAUACUGAUACUGCUUGUGUGGCUGCCUCAACAGCUGCAACUUGUGAAACUGUAUUUUUAGGAUCUACCAAUUACAGUAGCGCAAAUUGUAAUGAAAUGAAAACUGGAUGUACUGUUAAUGGAACAACUGCAUGUGCAACAAAAACAUGCUUAAACGCAAUUGGUCCUUUUAAUCAUACAAACUGUAAAGAUUGGCUUAAUACAUGCACUGUAAAUGCUGGAAACAGUGCCUGUUAAACUAUGGUAUCUAAAUGUUCAGAUUAAUCUUCUACUUCAUGUCUUUAUUCAGUUGAAGGAGAGUGUGUGUAAGUUGGAACAACAUGUGUAAGAAAGACUUGUGAUACAGCUGCAACAGAUAAUACACGUGAUGAUGAUGGUGAAUGCUCAGCUUAUUUAUAAUCUUGUACUGUAGCUAGAUAAGGAGCAUGCCAAGCGAGAACUGCUUGUGCAUUAUAUAAAUCAUAACUUUAAUGUAAAUUUAAUACAAGUGGUGGUACAUGUUUCUGGAAUCCAAAUAAUAAGACUUGUGUAGAUUUGAAUUGUGGUAAUAUUGAAACCACAACUUCAUUUGAUACUGAUGCUGAAUGCGCCGCUGUUGAUCCAAGUUGCACAGUUAGAGCUACAAAUAAUCUUGCUGCCCCUGGAUGUAUGGCUCGAGGAGCAUGCAAUUCAUAUACUAUUGAAGAAUAAUGCAAAACAAACGCUAGUAGCGGUGUUUGUGUUUGGAACACAAAUGCCAAUUUACCUGCACCUGCUUGCCAAGAUAAAUCUUGUACUAGCGCUCCUACUACUACCACAACUCAUAAUGAUUGUUAUGCUUACUAUAAUACUGCAACAAUAAAAUGUACAGUAGUUGCCACUCCAAGCACUAGUGGUGGUAAUCCAACUUUAGGAGGUUGUUAAUAAACAGCUGCUUGCUCAACUUAUAUUGAUAAAGAAUAAUGCUAAAUUAAUGCUAAUGGAGAUCCAUGUGGAUGGAAUGGAACAUAAUGUGCUGACAAAGCUUGUGCCACAGCACCUGCCACUGCAGAUUAUGACGAUGAUACAAAAUGCAGGGCUUAUAUAACUAAUAAAUGUACAGUUUCAGAUUCUGGAUAAGGAUGUGUAGAUAUCCCAGCAACAUGUGAAACAAUGACUCAGAAAUAAUGUUAUUAUAAUAAGGCUGGUGACCCAUGCUAUUGGAAUGGAACAGCUUGUAUUACUAGAACUUGUGAAAAUGCUCCAGAAGCAACAGCUACUGCUGAUGAGUGCAAUACAUAUUUACCUGGAUGCACUUUAGAUACAGUAAAAUGCAAGACAAAAGUUUGCGAAGAUUUUGCUUUUGCCACUGAUACUUUAUGUAAAUAAGCAUUAAGUACAUGUACAACAAAUGGAACAUAUUGUGUAACAAGAGGAACAUGCUUCUAAGCUCUAAGCCAAGCAGGAUGUAUCAUGUCUUCAACUGAUCAAUAUUGUGAAUGGAUACCAGCUGUUACGAACUCAUUAAAUCAAAUAACUUCACCUGCAUUUUGUACCAUUAAAAAUUGCAGUACUGCUCCAAUUACAUUAACUUCUGAAGCCGCCUGUGCAGGUUAUUUCCCAAAUUGCACAACAAAGAAUGGAGGUGGAUGCGUUACUAAGUCUACAUGUUCAGCUGUCACUAUUGAUGUUGCUUGUACAACUGCUCUUAAUGGAACUAUUUGUGCUUGGGAUAAUGCAUAAAAUAAAUGUAGAGACAAAGAUUGCUAAGAUUUCAGUGGAACUUCUCAUGCUGCAUGUUAAGGUUAAAGAGCUGGAUGUACUGUUGGUGCAAGUGGAAAAUGUGCUAGAAUUUAAAAUUGUGAACAAACUACAAUUAGAAGUGCUUGCAUUGAAGGAACAAACGGACCUUGUUUGUGGAUUAAUGAUUAUAUUAAUACUGAUGGAUCUACAGGAGCUUGCUUUAGAUAUACUUCAUGUAAGAGUUUGACUUGGAAUUCUGAUGCAUAAUGUAAAUGGAUAAGUAAAUAAUGUACAACUAAUGGAUCUAAUUGUAUUGGUAUUACUUUAUGUUCUGAAACUAAUACUGAUGGUGGAUGUGUUACAGGAUAUGAUGGAGCUUGUAUACAAUCAGUACCAGCCUUGAACUCUUCAGACCCAAAGGUUUGUAAACCAUAUACAUCUUGUGCUGAUGCUUUCUAUACAACUCAUUCUGAUUGUCAAAUUGCUAGUAAAAAGUGUACAACAAAUGGACUAACUGGUUGCAUUGCUUUAGGUUAAUGCUCAUCUUAUACUUCAUAAGCAGGAUGUGUUUUCAAUGAUAAGGGAACUGUUUUAACAUCUGGAGUCAUCACUUCAACUGGUAUUUGUACAUGGGAUGCAACAGCUAGUAGUUGCAGAGAUUAAUCAUGUGCUGAUUUGACUGGAACAAAUCAUGCAGCAUGUUCUUCAUAAUUAUCAACAUGUACAUCUGAUGGAACAACUUGUUUACUCAAAGGAGCAUGUUCAUCAUACACAACUUAAACUGCUUGUACAACUGCUAUUGGAUCUGAUGGUAAUUGUUAUUGGGAACUUGCUUCUGCUACAAAUAAUAACACUGCUAAAUGUAGAUUAUUAACUUGCUCUGAUAUUCAAAAUGGUACAGCAACCAAUGUUUGUUCAGUAGCUUUGUAAUCAUGUAUUUCAAAUGGAACUGCUUGUAUUCCUAAAGCUAAUUGUUCAACUUAUAAAAAUAAAAUAUCAUGCAACUCAGGUGGAUUGGACGGAAUAUGUGUCUUCACUUUAUCAACUGCAACUGGAGCUGCUGCUGACUCUGGAACUUGUGCAUCAAUGACAGCAUGUACCACUGCUAAUAAUGAUUAAACAGCUUGUUAAUAAGCCAGAGAUAGAUGUUCAUGGACUCCAGCAUCAGGAACUGGUACAACUGCUGUUGCUAGUAAAUGUGUCUCUCACACAUGCGCUACAAAUUAAGCCACAAAUGGAGUUUGUACAAGAAUCUUGAAUUGGGAUAAAAAGACUUAAUAAGUUUGUACUCUUGUUAGUGGAACAUGUACAGCUACAGAUCCAUCAACUUUAUCAUCAAAUGAUUGCUUCUUGAUUUCUGGAUAUACAUAUACAUGGAAUGCAUCAACAAGCAAAUGUGGAGUUUGCACUGCACCUGUUGUUUAACCAAAUAAUACAGAUAAUAAUACAAACAAUACAAAUAAUGAAACAACAACUGAUUCAGGAUAUAUUCUUGGAUUAUCAACAAUCAUCUUUGGAUAUCUCAUGUUAUGA